GAAUAGAACCUUACAUUCGCCAUAGUGUGUCACAGAAAUCGCGUAAAAAACUCUGAUCUUUAGAGAUUAGGAUUGUCAAAGACGUCGCAAGACACAAAGUUCCAUAAGAUAUUGUGUCUGUUUUAUCUUUAUUGCGAGUUAUAACUUAUAAUCAUAUGAAAAUAUCACGAGUUAUAUAAUUGUACAAUCGUAUUAAAAUCAGUUCGGAUCUCUUCGACUUUUGUCGUCGCUCUUCGGUUAGGUUGAUUUGACGCUUCGGGCGUCGGCUUCUAACGGACGACGAUCGUUAACGAUGGUGUGAUUUCACGUUUACGUUUACCACUUGAUCGACUGAAAUUAUAAUUUAACAAAAUUAUAAUACUAAACUAUCGUUGGAAAAAGUUGAUAUGUAUCGUCGCAAUAUCGUAGUGAGAAACAAACGUGAUCAUAGGAAACAGUGGAAGUGUUUGUAAGAAGUACAGUUGACACAGCGAUUGAAAAACUGACGUAUCUGUAAAAUGAAUUACGGGAAAAAAUCUCCCAGCAUGGGUACACCAUCGGUGUAUUCGCACGUUACAACGCGUAGCAGUGCAAAUUUAAAAUCUUCACGAUCAACGCGUAGCGUUAAAACACGUUGGUAUCAAAAACCAAUUUUAUCGCAUUCGUAUUUACUCAAUAUUCAAAGAGGCGCCAUGCUUACAGCUAUAUUUGCACUGUGUUUAGCCACUUUCACCAUAUGCACGUCAAUAUUUGAUCUUUAUUGUCUUUACGAAGCUGCACCGGGCUCGACCCAUUACGGCUAUUACAUAAUAUCGUAUGAAUUUGUUUACGUGGGUAAUCGGCACGUACGUAACGCUCUCGUCGUUUUCGCUUUGUUCUCUAUGCUCGGAGGAGUAAUAGUGCUGGCAACGUCCCUGAUAUUGAUAGCUGCUUUAAGAAAAGAAUACGAGAAGAAGAUGGUACCAUGGCUCUACAGUUUUGCAGCGUUCAUUGUUUUCAGAUUUUUUGCUUUCAUCUUCUUUAGUAUAGUAAACGACAUGAUAUUUGCUUAUAACGUUACAAUGUGCAUCUUGUGGAUGACGUUUGUUUGUUUCUCCAUUUACGGAUGGUUAAUAGUGUACUCUUUGUACGUAGAAUUAUGCGAUCUUACGAGAUUGGAAGAUUUGGCUCAUUUAAGAAUCGGGACUAUGCAGUCGUUAAAUGCAUCUACCACGCAAUCCAUCGCUGGUUCUCGCCCAACAACACCACAUAGCGCGGUGUCGGCACUACCAACGAAUUAAGACGGAACAAUUUUGACGUUUGCAUCAAAUUGCAACGACGUCGUUCUUGUUUCAUUUAACACGGAUAACGAUAAAUUAACGAUACGAACGCGUUGCGUUAAGACGAAGAAGUCGUAUCGCGACGCACGUGUUACGACAUUGCGCAUGGCGCAAAACGUAAUGUAUAUAAGCUAACCGUCCACUAAUCCGUCCAAUAACAUUGAAAUUCCGUCCAAAAUCACGAGAAAUUUAAAAGGAGCUUUUAAAAGGAGGAAAAAGUACAUCUCACCGCUGACUUGCGCGUUCUUGCUUGAACGUAAAAAAUUAAAAAGCAUAUAAAGAAAAGUCUUGCGAUCGUUUAUAGUCAUAUUUCAUUUUUUAUUAAUAAAACUAUUUACUAAUAAAACUUUGAUAUUCGUUAUUGGUCUGUCUCUUGAACUUGAUUCUCGACAUCCAUUCGUUAUCGUUGAUCGUUCUUCGUGCGAAUUAUAUAAUUACACGUCGAUUGUUUUACGUCGGGAAGGAAUCACGGAAGGAAUUAUCAGUCACAGGAAGGGAACGAGAAAUUUUUGGUUAUUCUUUUUUAGAAGUGAAAUUAUCUCCAUCGUAAUCAGAUGUCGUCGGUGGAUUCGACUCGGGUCGAUUCAGUUGCAGUUAGCGUAUGAAAAAGCGAGUAUGCAAAGUAAAUGAUUCUUCCAAGAAGAUUUAAGAAAAAUAUGCCAAUUACCGCGAUUAACUUGACAAGUACUCCGAAUGUAGCCGUCAAUAUGUACAUGGCAAUUGCAAGACACAUUUUUUUCCCGUUAACUAAACCAUUAGCUAGAUAUACGUACGUAUUUGUAAAAAACAAAAGAAAACUGAAAAAAAGUAACGUCGAAUGUAAUUAAUAAAAACGAGAUCUCGAUGAUCGGUCAUUAAUAUGGCGAGGUACGUACAUUAUUAUUAUUAUAUAUAUAUAUAUAUAUAUAUA